AUGGUGUUAAUUGCAAUAACUCUAAUAUCACCAUUGAAUCAAGUAUUGAAUUGGCUGCUUGUGGACUCUAAUUUAACGGUUUCUGUUUCUAUUACUUCAAGUACUGAAUUAUAUGCUUCUAACAUUGCAAACAAUCCAGCCUCUGGAAUUGGCACUCCGGCUCCUUUUAUGGUCGCUUCAAGUUCUUCUUCUUCAAUUGUUGCUAAUACUUCUUUUGCAAAAUCUAUUAGAGGCACCGAAUCUGGUUAUGUAUUGGACGCCCCAGAUAUUUCUUCCUUUUCUUAUUUAUCUGCCACUUCUUCUGCGCAAACUACUGUCCUUGAUUUUCCUUCUUCAGAAAGGGAUCCUUCCUUUCCAUUCAAUUCUACCGCUCUAUCUAAAAAUGCCAGCGAUCUUUAUUCUAGUACACCUUCUAUCAAUGUUAGUGGCAGUGUGACUGUUUCUUGA